GAAAUAGACAGAGCGAGCGCGGGGAAAGUCGCUUUAUUUGGGAAGCUCCUGCUGCGCUGCCAACCAUGGCGAGCUACUCUCGCGUCCUGCUUCGGAUGCUCCCUCUGCGGCGUUGGCCUCUGCCCGGGCUGGGCCCCGUCUGGCUGAGCGAGCCGCAGUCGGCAGGCAGGUGCCUCUGGCCGUCCGGCCCCAGCUUCGUGGACCGCGUGAUGGGCGACAUGGAGAGGCAAUUCCAAGAGAUGGAGAAGAUGAGCCGCGCCUUCUUCCAGGCGGCGCCGCUGCCCUUGAUGGGGGAGCGCGAAAGCCACAAGGAAGCCUCGGAGGAGAACGCCGGCCCGGCCGAGGUGGACAGAAGAAAGCAUUACCGCGUCUCGGUGGACGUGGCCGGCUUUACCCCCGAGGAGAUGACGGUGAACCUGGAGGGGAGGAAAGUGACGGUGACCGCCAAGCGCCAACGGGAGAGCCAGAGCAAAGAGAGCGGCUACUGGGUGGAGCACCAAGAGCUGCGCCGGGAGACGCUCCUGCCUCCAGAUGUGGACCUUCAGGCCAUCGCUUGCUCCCUCAACCCGGAUGGGCAGCUGUGCAUCGAGGCCCCGCGGCUGGCUUCGGACGAGUCCCCGCAACACACCAUCCCCAUCGACGUGAAAGCAGCCGAUCCGCGUCCGGGCGAGGAGGACAAGCCCAAGGAGCGCUGAUCGUGUGGAUAAUGAUGCUCCUGCCGCGCACAUAGAAUCGCCCUAUGAAAAUGAGCAGGCUCGGCUUCCUAACUUUAGAAAAGGCUCUGCGGCCUUGACUCUCUCCUCUUUCCUUGUCUACAAUAAAGCUUCUUUCAAUGUA